AACAAGAGAUUAGUACAAAAUUUUGUAAAUGAAAAAAAACUUAUACUCAUCUUCAAAUGUUUAUAUUUUUCGAUACAGUUUACUCACAAUGUUAUAAAUGUGAAGCAGACAGUAAAUUAAUAUGACGAUUUUCGAUAACUUCUAUAGAAGGAGCUGUACAAGGAAGCAGUAAACAGAACGUUAUAGACUUCCUGAUUUAACAUUUCAACGAGGCUCGCGGCUUCACCAGAAAUGACUUCUUAUCAAUGAAGUCAGUCACAACAUAUUGACGAGUCCGAAACAUUCCUGAGACAUGGCUGCUUUAGUGCAAACAACCGAAACCAAGGGUUUUCAAAACUGGUUGCGGGGUGCACUGGCAGUGCUCUUUGCCAAACAAGGUCUACAAAGCUUUGUUAUUGAUGAACUGACACAGUUUCAAAGGGACGUUUUGACAUCAAUAUUUAAAAACAAGAAUUUACCUAUUGGUACAACCUGUACAAAUUGUACAACUGAAAAUGUUCUUUACUGUCCCACGCAAAAUUUCUGCACAAAGGGACAGAAGUGCAACAUGCACGAUCCAUCAGUAGCAGACAAGACACCACAGCCUUGUUCAAAUAAUAUUUGUCAUGAUGUCAAAGAUGCGAUCCGCCAUGAACAUAGAUACAAAGGACCGUCCUGGAAGAACACAAACGCCAAAGGAUGGUGUACCGAUGUCAUUGAAAUUGCCAAAUGUUACAUGCCUCCUGAUGGGUACACUAAUGUAACCACAAUUACAGAUACAGAUUUUAAUGGUAUAUUGGCAGUCAUCCUGAACAACAAACGUUUCAAAUGUAAAAUGACUGCCCCUCUUAACAAACCGGAUAAUGUUUGUACAGAGGCACGUGAAGUUAGUCGUGUCAUACGACAUUCGGCCGAUUUAAAUAUUUCGGACACAGAUUUAACGAAAUACACCGACAUUCUAAUACGCCUACUGUCAGACCCGGCAUACCUAGCUGCUGACCAAAAUGCGAAGACAGCAGUCGAUAAAUUGAAUCAGCUGAAAACAAACACACUUACAGUUAUCACGGCAGAUAUUAUAACAGUUCUAGAUAAAACGUUAAAAGAUAUAACAGAGAAACAACGAGAUAAUGUUGUGCAAGAAGUCAGUGAAGAGAGGAGAAAAGCAAAGGAAGACAUUGAAGAAAGAAGACAAAGGCAAAGGAAGACAUUGAAGAAAAGAAGAUACUCGCAAUUAAACAGUUCCUGGGCAAUGUUAAAGCUUCGCUGAGCAAUAUGCA